GAAAUAGUCCUACUUCCUCAAUACCACUACUUCCUCAAAUAGCCAAACGUUUCACUUUAUUUUCUACCCUUGUCACAAAUGCUCACAAAGGCACUCUCCUCCAAUCUACCGACUUUUUGCACAUGGCUCCUUUUCUUUGUAUCAUUGUAACCCUCUGUGGACUUACAGGAACUCAUGGCAUCACUACAGUGAGUAAAGAAGUGUCCGUGAAAGUAGGGGCCACGGUUUCAAUUCCAUGUCUCUACGAACUGAGCCAUAAGAACCUUGUUAAGUACCUUUGUAAAGGAAUGGAUUGGAGUUCUUGUUCUGUAAAAAUCGAAACCAACUCCAAGAGUAGUUCUCCAGAAGGCCUGUACACAAUCUCUGAUGACCCUGACCAAGGGGUCUUCACCGUCACCAUCAAAAGCCAAAAGGAGGGAACGCAAACCUACUGGUGUGCUGUGAGGAUGGGAUGGUUGAAACUGGAUAAGAAAACUGAUUUCAAACUACAAGUGUCCAAAGCAACCUCAACAACUGUGAGCACUUUGUCAGAUGUGUCCACUAAAAAGAUUACAGAGAAGGAACCUGAUGUUCCGAGAAGCGACCUAAAGAACCUGCUCCUUCCUUUGGGCAUAUUGCUGUUCAUUAUAUCAGUGGCCCUGUUGGUUUCAUGGAUGUUCCACAGGCGAGCCAAAAGAAAACGUACAGCAAUCACAGGGUCGUCUGAAACAGACGUUGUUUACAGUAAUGUGAUGCCGAUGCAUUCCAGGGCAGCACAGAAUAAACCUACUGGUGACAUGAAUCUCAAGAAAAACCCAAACGAGGAUGGAAAUAUAACAUACAGUGUUAUUGGCCCCCAUCCAAGAAUAUAAGGUAUAAUAAAUCAUCCAUGCCAUUCAAUUGAUCAUACGCUUGUGACUUCAACACUUAAGAUGACUUUCCUUCGCAUUUUGAGUAGGCUACUAUUUAUCUUACAUGUAUACAAUAUAAAUGUUUCCUCCCUGUAAACUAUUUUUUGCAUGGGAGCCAUUUCCUAUGGUACUUCAACUGUUUAAGACGUAACUAAAUCAAUUUUCAACCGUUUAUCUUUGUUCAUUUAAAAAAUCUACACACUUGUAUCUUCAAUAAUAUCCAAACGGAAUUUCAAUAUAAUUUAUACUUUCUUCAGAAUCAUAGUUUUAGUUUCAUACCGGCUUCGAUUUCAGCUGUUCUCAUUGAACACGUCUGUCCAUUCUGACACUCAUACUUCUUAAGACAUCGUAACUCAAUCAUUUAAUCAAACGUUUACCUUCGUUCAAACCAUUUAACAAAUCUACACACUUGUAUUAUCAAUAUUAUCCGAACGGAAUUUCAAUAUCAUUUCAACUUUAUUCAGAAUCACAGUUUUAGUUUCAUACGGGCUUCUAGUGAUGGGUCGUUCGCGACCGAAUCAGUGUCAGUGAACAAACCUUUAACAAGAUCGACCCAAACUGAUUCUUCUCUCUCGUCGUUAGUCUUGUUCGUUCUCAGAUUCAACUCCUCCCAGACCCACUGACUCGCUGUUCGUUCACUGAUGCCGCGUUUCCACUGCAGGGUGCGGAACGGAUCGGAUCGCAAAGGUGCGGUAGGGAGGGGGCGGUAUAGCCCAGCUCAGUUCCGAGGUCGCGUUUCCACUGCCGACAGUACCCUCGGUGGUAGGCCGGAUGUCGAUCGCCGCGGCAGCUACGUAAAACAUCGUAAACAACGUCUUCCUCCCCGAGAAUGCAGACGAGCGUCUCCAUCUCCUUGUUCGCCCAAGCAAGCUUUUUACGCGACAUGUUAAUUGUAAAGAAUAAUACCUCGAGGCUACUGUUUGUUUGUUUUUAUCCCCGCGUCACCCGGAAGUGACGAUUCUGUCGACCAAUCAACGGAGGGGGGGUGUAGCUAGAAUUUCACGGGACCCUUUCAGGCGUCUGGUCUCGUUUUGGGUACCGCAACGGAGGAGUCCCGAGAACGGGGCCGGAACGGGUACGGCAAAGUCCGGGUCACGCCCUCUUUUGGCGGUGGAAACGCGACCCGACCCGCACCUUUGCGAUCCGAUCCGUUCCGCACCCUGCAGUGGAAACGCGCCAUGACUGUGAGUGGUGAAGGGGGAAGAGGCUUGCUACGUUUACAUGAUAACGGUCUGAACAGAAGACGCAAAAGUGGCGUCGCGUCUUCACUUUUUAUUCCACGUUUAGACAAGCGUUUUCGGGAGGAAAUCUGCGUGCAUACGGUGACGCAAAAGUGUGUGGAUUUCGAUUGGGUAUGGAUGUCAGGCGGCUAGGUGGUGCUGUGAUACACUAUCACACAACACCACCAUGUCUGUGCGCAUGCGUAGAAUCUUCCUUUUUCAUAUCUGCACCUCGAAAACCAAAGCAUAAUUACAGAUCCUUCUCUGUUCAGUAAUACUAUCUGUACAUAUCCUGUACAUUUCGUGGAAAGACUCCUGUAAGGUUAUUAGAGCUUCCAGAGCAGCUUUACGGUCCGACGCAUUGAAAUAAUCCAACAUGUUAGAGGGUUCAGGGAGGGGGCUAUACCGCCCCCUCCCUACCGGACUGAGGCGAACCGAACCGUACCGCACCCUGCAGUGGAAACGCGGCAUUAGUGCGUGAUUAAAAGUAGGCCAAUAGAGCGGGAAAAAACGCCCAAUCUGGCAACACUGCUCACACUCACACUCCAGCGUCAACGUAAAUCAAUGAGACCUACUGAAAACGAAGAUUGGAAUCAAUGAUUCUUUUCCUUGAUUCAGUUCGCGUCGGUCAGUUGCCAAGAAGAGUCGUUCAGAAUCGUUCGUCCAUUCGUUCGUUCGUUCAGUCGAGUGUCCGGUAGCGGAGAAUCGAAUCAUGUAAUAAUGCCGCGUUUCCACUGCAGGGUGCGGUACGGUUCGGUUCGCCUCAGUCCGGUAGGGAGGGGGCGGUAUAGCCCAGCUCAGUUCAGAGGUCGCGUUUCCACCGCCGACAGUACCCUUUAUGGUAGGCCGGAUGUCGAUCGCCGCGGCCGCUACGUAAACAUCGUGAUAUCAUAGCAACGCCACACAGUGUAGCCUGCUCAAUAAAAACAAUGGAAAAGUUGAACACGACACAUUAAACCAAGAGCUACCAUGGAAGUCGUCCAGCAACAGUUCCUGGCCUUAAUGCUUUUCAUUUGGCAGUUAAUCAACUACGAAAUGCAAGCUACUGUUUCGAGGCUACUGUUUGUUUGUUUUUAUCCCCACGUCGCCCGGAAGUGACGAUUCUGUCAACCAAUCACGGAGGAGGUGUGUAGCUCGAAUUUUCCGGCACCCUUUCAUGCGUCCCAGUACCCCAACGGAGGAGUACUGAAGACGAGGGCAAAACGAGUCCGGCUCAGUCCGGGGUCACGCCCACUUUUGGCGGUGGAAACGCAAUCCGUACCGCACCUUUGCGAACCGAACCCUACCGCACCCUGCAGUGGAAACACGCGAUAACUCUUGAAUCUUAUUUGUUUCCAACCAUUUUAACAUUUUUAAAUGGUGUGAAAGUUUACAUUGAUUACUCCAUUUAGACUCAAAUUCAAAUUGAAGUUCAAAUCCCUUCACUAUAUCCCUUCACUUGCCAUUUAACAUUUCUUUACGCCUUAAACUAUGUGUCUUUAUUAUAACAGAUUUUCAACCUCACUUUGCACCACAGCACUCACCGCAUUUUCUGCAGGAAGUGCAUUUUCAGUCAUUAAUUGUUAUCUAAAUGAAAAACAUGUAAGCAGUUCCAAAAUAAAGUUGUUAUUGUCUUCAAUACUCUACGUACUAUAUUCAAUAAUCAAUAAUUAAUGAUUCAAUAAUUAACUAUAUACAUUUGUGAUUAUUAUUAUGAGGCAUAACAGCAUUAAAACAUUUCGGGAACCUCAAUGAGCUCGCUUUGCCCUUUUGUUUAAAUUCAUUUUUAAAUAAUGUGUUACAUUUUUUGUCUUAUUCCUCAAUUUAUAAAUUACCUAGCUAUUUAGACCUAUACAUUGAGGAAAAUAGCCUAUUUCCUACAAAUCACCUACAAGUAAGGCUAAAGUAAAGAAAAAAAAUAUGGGGCCAAUAGCAUGGCACAAGUUGGCAUAUUAUAUGCAAAUACUACAUACUUAACAUACAUUAGUUUGAAUAAGGUUUGACAUGACGUGUUGUGUGAUCAUGGCAUGUCAUGUGAUCACUCAAAAAAAUAUUUUACAUUUAAUCAGUAUUAUGAUAAAAAGAUUAACUAUGGAUGUAACAAGGCCAUUGAGUAUGCGCUGGCGUGUGUGUGUGUGUGUGUGUGUGUGUGUGUGUGUGUGUGUGUGUGUGUGUGUGUGUGUGUGUGUGUGUGUGUGUGUGUGUGUGUGUGUGUGUGUGUGUGUGUUUGUUUGUGUGUUUAUUUGUGCGUACAUUUGCUUUGGAGUUUUGAGUCAUUCUGUUAGUGAUUUGUUUGUUCUAGAAUAUUUUUUAUUUCAAUAUAGCUAUUUUAAAUGACUCAUUAUGAUUAUAAUUAUAAUAAUAAUAAUUAUUAUUAUCAUCAUCAUCAUCAUCAUCAUCAUCAUCAU